CAUGACUUUUCUGUGCACCCUUUUGCUUAUCUUAGCUAAUUAGCUUUUUCGAUCAUCUAUAAUAUAAUCAUUCAUUAUAUUAUAUUAUUCUCCUACUAUCUUCCUCUCUCUUUCCCUCUUUCUCUGAAUCACUAGGAAAAAUAAAGGCUAAUCACCACAAGUUAUAUUAAACGUCUACAAAUCAUAGCAAAACACCAAAGUAACAAGUUAAGCUAAAGGUGUUGGAGCAAAAAUGGGGAGAGCUCCUUGUUGUGACAAAGCUAACGUGAAGAAAGGUCCUUGGUCUCCUGAAGAGGAUGCUAAGCUCAAAUCCUUCAUCGAAAAGAAUGGUACCGGGGGAAAUUGGAUCGCGUUGCCUCAGAAAAUCGGGCUUAAGAGAUGUGGAAAGAGUUGUCGGCUUCGGUGGCUAAACUAUCUCCGGCCUAAUAUUAAACAUGGAGGAUUCUCAGAAGAAGAAGAUAGGGCUAUUUUAAGCCUCUAUGUUAGUAUUGGAAGCAGGUGGUCUAUAAUUGCAGCCCAAUUACCAGGAAGAACAGAUAAUGAUAUAAAGAACUACUGGAACACAAGAUUGAAGAAGAAACUCUUGGGAAAGCAAAGGAGACAUGAUGAAACUCGAAAAGCAAGCAAGCUAAUAAUAAAACAAGAGGAUUCUAUUCCCUAUUCGUCGAGUUUUGUCCAUAAUAAUAAUAAUAAUAAUCAAGUCCAAUAUUGGCCACCCCAUCAUCUUACUGCUAGUUCUUAUGAUAGUGCUAAUAAUCUUCCAUUAUUACCUAAUCAUGAUAACAUUGUUGGUAGUUACCCUAAUAGUAUCAUCACACAAACAAAUGUUCUCUCUACAUCGUCCGUACUCCCGGCUUGGGUUUCAAGUCAAUAUAAUCCUCAAGUUGUUGAGAUUGGAAUGUUGGAAGGCCAAAGCAGUAGUACAUUCCCACCUGAACUAGAGGAGUUAAUGAGUAGCAACCCACAAUCACAUAGGGUGGCAGAAGAGGGACUUGAUCAGUUAUUUUACGGAGAAUAUUAUGGGAACAAUUUGGUCAUUAACACUCAUGGAUCCACCUCUCAUACUACUACGACUACGACUACUACUACUUGUGGCCAGACCUCGGGAUGGGGUGAAAUAACCUCUUUGCUUUCUCUUCCAAUUUUGAAAUCUCAUUCUAAUGUUUUAAUUCAAGGAAUUCCAGAAGAAGCUCCAUUCCAAGACCCCUUGAGGUACUCUAGUCAUCAUCUAUAGUACGUCUUCUGUCUAUAUAUGUAACUUGCAUUCUGUGUGUUUCUCUUGUAAAUUCUACUUAUUGUAAAUUCUACAUAUAUGGAUUCUAAUCAUUUUUGUUUUUUUUGCCUCA